CGGAGACAUCUACAGCACGUUCUGGGCCGUAGUGGGCUACGGUGCCGCGAACCAUAUAACGAGGACAGCAGCUCCUGCGUUUCGCGUAGGUAAUCGAGACUGCAUACCGACGGUACUUUCCGCGACGCACCUUCAAGCAUCACAGUACUUUGAGGCAAUUCUCAAUACGCGCGAAUAUUGAAGCAGAAGUGUAUGGUGCCGGUUUUCGAUGCGUACACCAUGGCAAGUCUGCGUAAGAGGCUAAGCAAGCGGCAUCCAAGAGAGGACAUGAAGUUUCAGAGUGCCGAUGAGCUGCCAGCGCCGCCACUAGCGCGGACUCCCGAGAGAUUGUCAACACCACCUGGACACAAUGUCGAGGCUGUAUCGAUCGAAGACUUCAGCAACACGGCAGCGAUACCGUCACCUCUUUUCUCGCGACCGGAGAGCAGCAUCCGCCGUGUGUCACCCUCCGAAGCAUCCAACAACCGCUACAAGCUUCGAAGUGCAGCUACCAUGGCACCCAGUCUUCUACGCACUGAUUCCGAGACCAUGAUGGGCCAGGAGAAGCAGACUGCAUUUAGCGAGGAUCUUGAUGACAACAAGCUCCCUGAGUCACCAGCGGCUGCGACAUCCGUCACUACCGAGAAUCAAGCAUGGCCGAGACCCCUCCUCGCAAGCAGGCGCAGCCGCAGCUCAGAUAACGAUGACGCCCAGCGGCUCAGUAUAUCCUCUUUCACUCGCCGUUCCACAAGGUCGCAGGAGCGCAGGCUGGAGCGCACGGACUCAGCCGCCUCGACCGCAUCCGCAAGCGGCGGCGAUUCCUCCGUGAAGGUCCACUCUGUCUCCACCGAGCUCACUGCUCCCGGAGCGAAACCACUCCCCAGGACACCCUCUCCGUCAAACGCGGCAGAUGGCGAACUGGUGGUGCCAAACUCCACUGACACCGUUACCACCUCUACCAGCAAGCCGACGUUCACCCGCCGCCUCUCACCGCAGAACACUGGGACCUACUUGAGGUACAACCAGACAUUUUCAGGUGACGAGUCGAAAGUCUUUCCGUCGCCAGACGAUGUCCCGGCCUCGCAUGAAGAUGGAGAUCACCUCUCCGUCUCGCCUUCUAAGUCUCCAGCACCGACCGGUGAGGAAGCAGGAUCGCACGACAAGUUCAGCACGCUGGUGCUCCCUCCCGUCUACGAGCCGCUGCGGUUGCCCGUGUAUCAGUGGUGCAGCCAGCUCGGCUCCAGCUCCCGCCCGGACAACGCGUGGGGUUGGAGUAAGCGAUGGACGUGCUGCCAGUGUCGGGCGCAGACGAUCGCGGAGCAGAAAAGUUGCGCGCAGCUCAAGUGCGGCCAUAGGAGGUGUGGUAGUGGGUGUAAGAUGAUCAAACACUGAUGGGUAGCUGCACGGUUCGCUCGAGUGAGCUGGCAGAGGAGGUGGUGACAGAAGGGCGGCUUGCUGACGACCUGUUAUCCAGCUCGAUGUGACUUGGAACCUCGUCGACAGACCUUGGUGGUGCUUGAGGGUAGCGCGUUGAGUAAGUAAGUGAUUGCGUUCCUGACUGGGUGGGACGAGAAGCGUGCUGAGUCGGCCUUGAAUAUAAGGUCUACGGACGUGCUGCUUCCUUACUCCCCCAUACUAUGUCAGCUACCCGAGGCUUAAAUGGUGCAACGGUUGAGAUGGCCUUGGGUAGCU